AUGCGAAUUAAGCCUAAAUUUAGGGUAACUGUGUUUGCAGCCAAAUUGCCGCCUCUCUCCAUGGCCCACCACGCCCACCGAUGCAAGCCACCUCAACCACGCCCUCUCUCCCCACACUCCUCUCACCCACGUCCCCUCUCUUCCACUCCCUUGCUGGUCCUGCACAGCCAUUCCCUCCGCACCCCUCCUCCCCACACCCACAGCCUCCACACGCCGCCCCUCCACACCAGCCCCGCCCCACCCCUGCACAUUCUACCACUCCACACAGCUCCCCUCCACACCCCGUCCCUCUACACCCCACCCCUCCACACCUUCUCCUUCCUUCUCUAA